UACUUAAAGGCACAGGGGAUAAAUUACAGGCACAAGGUUGGAACAACGAAAACAGCUGCGAGCACUCUAAAGAGAAGACCAGCUAUGUGCUCCUGAAGAAUAGGAAAGGACCGUAAAGUCAUAGUGCGACGGAUAUUAGACGUAUAGUUAGGGCGUUAGACGUCAAUUUCGUAGCUUUGAAGUCGAUUUUGGCCUCUUACGUAUCCCGAAUCUACCUGGGGUCCGUCAAAGAGACCACCACGACACAAAGCAUUCUAAAAGGCCAAACGACCCAUCAGUGGAGGUCGCCAGGCGGAGACUCUCCCUCCUCAGUGGACAUUCUCCCCUCGGGAGGAAAACCGAGACUCCAAACAAGCAACUCUCAACUCUUCUGGAGGAAGUAGCAAAGAAGGACAAGGCGGCCCGACCCGGUACGCGACCUAGACGCCUUCAUCUGACUCAACAGAGGAAGCGGACGCAAGCUUGGUUUGGAGUCGAGGGUAUUCUGGGUGUUAUGACCCUGACAUGAUGUCAGAGUCACUCUGCAAACCACGGCCAGGUGACGAAGGUGGCCGUGUGUGGCUAUCGGCCAAUCACAGAUGGAGUCCCACUAGAGUCACCGCUGGUUCAGGAAGACCUUCAAUCAGGAGCCAGCUGCAACAGUGACGUAACACUUUGAUGCUAGACAUGUUGCUUUUGUAGACCUGUUUUUUUUUUUUUUUUUUUUUAAAACCACACACAACUUCCAGAUGCUGUGUGUCUGCGUGGGCCGAAUACAGAGGGGCUGUGCGGCUCAUGUUGCUGAUUCCUACCGGAUGACAGUCGCACAACAGCAAGUAUAGGGCUUCACAAUUCUGCGGAGCGUCCUUUUUCUGGCUACUGCUGCUUGCGAGGACCUUGCUGCACCCGCUGUCAUCUUCCAUAAAAGCAAACAUGCGGCACAUUCACGUGGAGUUAUCUCACAAAAAAGCUCCAAUGGAGCUUCCGGCCCAGGAAGGGGACUUGCCUCCUCCCACUGCCCCAGCACAGGGCCCCGACUCAGGUGUCAGAGCGGGAGCAGCCAGGCACUUUGACCAAGAGGAUUUGCGUCAUCAAAAGGUCUACCAGCUUUCCAUUUUCUCCCAGUUUGGUGGAUAUUGCUCCUCCACGGAGUCCCACAACGACACCCAAGCGAGACCCGUUCGCUUGGGUGUGAAAAGGGGACUCGAGGAGCCCCAGUUGACUCACAAGCGCCCUCAUGUGGCGGACUGCUCUGACAUUGACUUACUAGAGGGCGGAGUACUGUGUGGGUCAGCGCCAAUGCCAGCAGUGUUAAUGGGUUUAGUAAAGAGCUCUGGCGGUUGUGGGUCUCUUUAUUCUUGCACACAAAUGGAGCACAGGGACUCAGAGGGAGGGGUUUUACCUAGAUCGCCCCCGCUCUCCCCCAGCCACAACCCCUCCCGUCGUCCAACUCAGCACAAUCACGACAGGCCCGUCCCUGAUGUGUUCUCUCCCCUUUUGCCAAAAUCCCCCCCGAUGUGUGACCCUCACGGGCACCUCUGUGAGCAGAGCUAUUCUCUGGGAAACUCGGCCAAACCUGAGCCACCGAACGGGGGACGCACACCCAACUAUUCCGUAGGAAACCCUGGAAAUGAGAGUAAUUGCACAGCCGGGGGCCAACCCAGCCCUCAUUUAUAUGACAUGCCCACGUACGAGCCCCCGAGUCCCACCAGCCCCCCUGGCCCCUUUUCCCCGCCGCACCGCUCGGAACUCCAGGAACCGGGAGAAGCCACGGAAUGGGACGCCGGUUUGGAAUCGUCCCCGCCUGAGCGGAGCGCCACCCAGACUGCCGCGACCUCCAAUGGACCGGCUUCGUGGGAGAAGACCCCGAGCAGUAACGGCCACCGUUUUUUGUCGGCAGGCCACUGGCCGGCCAAAAAGAGGUUGUUGUCCCCGAGCGAAACGGCAGAGUCGUGCUCAGAGGACGAGGGACCUUCUACCUCCAAGAGAACCCGACUUUCCUUGCUGGCUCCCGGCCUGGGAUCUUGUCGUAGCACUGACGCUAAAGCUGCUCCUUACUGGAACCACCUUCUUCCUUCUAAGUGUGCCACAGACUGUACGAGGUCAGGGAGACGACUGAAAAGUGGUCCACGUGUAAAAAGCCGCCAGCUGCGCAGCGGCAGACAUGCAGACAGCAGAACCCUCCUGCGUUCAAGCUGGCCUUCCUCUUCUAUCAGCAGAUCACUUUUAGGAAACUUUGAGGAAUCCAUGCUAAAAGGACGCUUUUCUCCGUCGGGCCGCAUCGAAGGCUUCACGGCGGAGAUCGGCGCGAGCGGCUCGUACUGCCCGCAGCACGUCACCUUGCCCGUGCAGGUUACGUACUAUGACAUCUCCGAGCAAAGUGCCCCCUCGCCUUUCCUGGGUUUGAUCUCCCUGGAGCAGCUUGGAAAGAAAGGAUACAGCAUACCCAAAGCAGGGACCAUUCAAGUGACCUUAUUCAAUCCCAACAAAACUGUGGUAAAAAUGUUCCUGGUGACCUACAACUUCGACGACAUGCCUACGAAUCACAUGACCUUCCUUCGCCAUCGCAUCUUCCUGAUGCCCGUAGAAGAGGAGGCGGCAGAGGGCAAGAAACACACAUCGACAGGGAGCCCAUCGCUCGAUGGCAGGAAGACUCUUUGCUACUUGAUACAUCUCAGAUUCCAUAGCUCCAAAUCUGGGAAAAUCUACUUGCACAACGAUAUCCGGCUGCUAUUCUCCCGCAAGCCCGUGGAAGUCGACACGGGCAUCCCUUAUGAGCUCAAGUCUUUCACCGAGGUGCCAAGUAACCCCAAAUACUCCCCCCGUGUGUGAUCCUUCCCAGUGCUUCCCAAAACGGACUGACAGACUGCAGGAAGGAAGCCUAACGCCUACAGGACUCGCUCUUGUUUGAACAUUGACUUGCCGGUGAAAAGUCUGUACAAAGAAAUGCACACUGACACACACGCACACCCUUGACUGAAUACAGAAUUCAUACAUCUGGUGGUGACUCGCGUUUAACUUGCAUGCCUUGUGACUUCCACACCUGAGUUUUCCUCGAGUGCCGUUCGUACCACGCUGUCCUUCACUCUGCCUGCACGCGCAACGCAAAAAUCGACGGACACUGAUAUGAACGUGGCGAGUAUUUCAAUCAUGUGUGACUCAGCUUCCUGUUAUGUAGCCAGACUGAGGGACAAUGUGCUAUUUCUUUUUUUUUUUUUUUUUUUUUUUUUUUUUUUUUUUUUAAAGAUUUUAUUUUUUUAGAUUUUGGUCAGAAGAAAAAAUAAUAAAGUGUAGUAUUUUUUAAUUUGUUUUUUUUUUUCUUUUUUUUCAAAUGUCUUAAGCAAUAUGCUGCACAAAAAGUAGAGUGUGUUCUUUUCAG